CCGCUGAAGGCACGGUCGGCGUUACCGGAGGAAGGCGGUGGCCGCAACACGCGCCAGCGCGGAGGCGGAUGAACUUUGAGUCGGCGCGCGCGCGGAAGGCAGAGGUGCAUCGGGUUCAGGAACUCUCCAUGCAGACUUCAGCCGGUGAUCUGACGAGUCGCACAUAGGAGCGCCCGGCGUCUCUCCUCUUCCCUCUCCCCAUCCCUCCACCCCUCCCUCACCCUUUCCCCCCUCCCCACCCGUUUCCUUGUCUUUCUUCUUCCCGAUUCCCUCCUCGUACCCUCUUCUCCAAGAUUCACCAUGCUCAUUAAGGAGUACCGCAUCCCCAUGCCCAUGAGUGUGGAGGAGUACCGCAUUGCCCAGCUCUACAUGAUCCAGAAAAAGAGCAGAGAAGAGACCUGCGGCGAAGGCAGUGGGGUAGAGAUCCUCAAGAAUAAGCCGUACACAGAUGGACCAGGUGGGGCGGGUCAGUACACCCACAAGGUCUACCACAUCGGCAUGCACAUACCCAGCUGGUUCCGCUCCAUCCUGCCCAAAGCAGCUCUGAGGGUCGAAGAGGAGUCCUGGAAUGCCUACCCUUACACCCGAACGAGAUACACCUGUCCCUUUGUCGAGAAGUUCUCCAUUGACAUCGAGACCUACUACAAGCCCGACACCGGCAACCAAGCAGAUGUCUUUAACCUGUCUGCAACAGACAAGAGGCAAAGGACUAUUGACCCAAUCGACAUAGUGACCGAUCCCAUCCCCCCACACGAGUACAAGGCAGAGGAGGACCCGAGGCUCUACAAGUCGGUGAAGACCCAGAGGGGCCCCCUGCAGGAUGACUGGAUAGAGGAGUACAACAACAACUCAGGGAAGACUCCCAUCAUGUGUGCCUACAAACUUUGCAAAGUGGAGUUUCGCUACUGGGGCAUGCAGUCCAAGAUCGAACGCUUCAUUCACGAUGUUGGGCUCAGGAAGGUGAUGGUGCGCGCCCACCGGCAGGCCUGGUGCUGGCAGGACGAGUGGUACGGUCUGACCAUUGAGGACAUCAGGCAGCUGGAGCUGGAAACCCAGCUGGCCCUGGCCACCAAGAUGGCCCAGUUCUGCCAGGCCGAGGAGGCCACCGAGGCCAACGGCAGCGCUCCGUCUCCAGACAAAGAGCAGGAGGCGAAGGAGGCAAUCAGCUCCAUCGAGGCCGAGGAGACGGUCACUAGAUCCGUGGAGACUCUCCAGCCGCGAGGCGUCCUCACCAAGCAGUGGUCCACCUCGUCCAGGUCCUCCCGCUCAUCCAAGAGAGGAGUGAGCCCGUCGCGUCACAGCCUCUCAGAGUGGAGGAUGCAGAGCAUAGCGCGGGAUUCAGACGACAGCUCGGACGAGGAGUUCUUCGACGCUCAUGAGGAUCUCUCGGAUGGCGAGGAGGUUUUCCCCAAAGAAAUCACCAAGUGGAACUCCAACGACCUCAUGGACAAGAUCGACGCUGCGGAAACGGAGGAAACUCCCGAGCACUUUAAGGAAAUGAGCGUCGACUACGAAAGAACGGAGAGCGAGGACAGACUGGACGAGAUGCGCGACUCUCUUAGCGGCCAAGCCGAUAGCUCUCCCAUUCCCACCAUCACGGUAACAAGGCACCUGUCAGAGAGCUCGUCUCAGCAGUGUCUGCAGCCGUCCAAGAUCCACGUGCUGAUACUGGUGCUGCACGGAGGCAACAUCCUGGACACGGGCGGAGGGGACCAGAGCAGCAAGCAGGCCGACGUCAACACGAUCAGCACAGCUUUUGACACAGUCAUGCGCGUCCACUACCCCGCUGCGCUGGGGCACAUCGCCAUCCGCUUGGUGCCCUGCCCCGCCAUCUGCGCCGAGGCCUUCUCUCUGGUCUCCAACCUGAGCCCUUACAGCUAUGAUGAGGGCUGUCUGUCCAGCAGCCAGGACCACAUCCCGCUCGCAGCUCUGCCUCUGCUGGCUACCUCAUCCCCACAGUACCAGGACGCCGUGGCCACCGUCAUUGUUCGCGCCAACCAGGUGUACGCUGACUUUAUUAAGUCUCUGGAUGGAGCAGCCUUCUCUGGCCAGGUUUGUCUCAUUGGGGACUGUGUGGGAGGAAUAUUGGGAUUUGAUGCUCUCUGCAACAGCACCCCCACAGUGAAUGAAAGCCAGAACAGCAGCCGUAGGGGCAGUGUCAUCAGCGUGCAGGACCAGGACCUUCUCUCCCCGGGCAUCAUCGUCAACAGCGGGCAUGGAUCGUCAUCUCCAACGCUGGAGGGCAGCCGCCACCUCAGUCGCAGUAACAUCGACAUUCCUCGUGCCAGCUCAGGCGACGAGGCCAAGAGGCAGCUGCCGCGCAAGAGAAGCGACUCCUCCACCUACGAGCUGGACACAAUUAAGCAGCACCAAGCUUUCCUGUCCAGCUUGCACUCCAGCGUCCUGCGGAGUGACGCGGUGUCCCGCAGGUCGAGCAGCAGCACCAUGCUGGACGGCGCCUCCCUGGGGAAGUUUGACUUCGAGGUGUCGGACUUCUUCCUCUUUGGGUCUCCCCUGGGCUUGGUGCUGGCCCUGAGGAAGACUGUAAUCCCCAUGCUGGACGUGGCCCAGCUGAGGCCGGCCUGUCAGCAGGUCUAUAACUUGUUCCAUCCAGCUGAUCCCUCCGCCUCCCGCCUGGAGCCUCUGUUGGAGCGGAAGUUUCACCUCCUCCCUCCCUUCAGCGUCCCCCGCUACCAACGCUUCCCCCUUGGAGACGGAAACUCCGCCUUGCUGGUGGAGACAGUCCAGAGCAACGCUCAGCUGCUACUUGAUAGCGGGCCCCCCCUGUCCUUUCGCUGUCAGGAGACCAUCAGUGAGACCUGCAUCCCUGUUCCCGUGCUAAACUGGCAGGAGACCUCCCUGAAAGCCACACCCACCACCUUUGAGUCAGAUGUUGUUCAGUCUCAUGGUGGUGUCUUCAUGGACAGUUCGUACCCCUCAUCCCCCAUAAUGGGCCCCCUCUCCCGGGGCCAGCGGAGGGCCAGUGAGAUCAGCAUUGCCAGCCAGGUCUCAGGAAUGGCAGACAGUUUCACUGCCACCAGCAUAGCCAACACCAAAUCAGACCAGCUUAACCAAUCCAGUAAACUCAGUCUGUUGUCCCAACUUGCCCUUACAUCCCAAAACAUAUUCUUCCUGAAAAAUCCUCCCAAAUCCUGCAAAAAAGCCAAAGCCAACCCGGCCGCAGGACCUCCUGACGGAGACGUGUGUCCCAACCCGGACGCUGAGCUAGACUCAAGCGAGUGUCUAAGUCCCACCUCCCAGGACGAGACCAUGGAGUCGCCCAUCCUGGCCUAUGCUAUAAAUGAGCUGGUCCUGCUGGACUCCCAAGCGGAAGUCGAUCAAGUUGCAGCUCGUUGGUGGGGCACAAAGCGUCUGGACUUUGCUCUGUACUGCCCCGAUGCUCUGACCGCCUUUCCAACGGUGGCUUUGCCGCACCUCUUUCACGCAUCCUACUGGGAAUCCACAGAUGUUGUGUCUUUCCUCCUCAGGCAGGUCAUGAGGCAUGAAAACUCGAGCAUUCUGGAGCUGGAUGGGAAAGAAGUGUCUGAGUUUACUCCCUCUACACCGCGGGAAAAGUGGAACCGGAAGAGGACCCACGUCAAGAUCAGGAAUGUGACGGCCAACCAUCGUGUCAACGACUCGGUGUUCACCGAAGGAGGCCCGCAGGUCAUCACAGGUCGCUUCCUGUACGGCCCUCUGGACAUGGUGACUCUGGCGGGGGAGAAGGUGGACCUUCACAUCAUGACCCAGCCUCCAUCGGGAGAGUGGGUGUACUUCGGCACACAGACCACUCAAAGCAGCGGCCGCGUGUCGUUUACCAUCGCGGAGAACAAGCGUCUAGGCGUCGGAGUCUACCCUGUAAAAAUGGUUGUCAGGGGCGACCACACGUUCGCAGACAGCUACCUGACCGUCGUCCCGCGUGGCACCGAGUUCGUGGUGUUCAGCAUCGACGGCUCGUUCGCUGCCAGCGUGUCGAUCAUGGGCAGCGAUCCCAAAGUGAGGGCAGGAGCUGUGGACGUCGUCAGGCACUGGCAGGAUUUAGGGUAUCUGAUCAUCUACGUGACGGGACGUCCCGACAUGCAGAAGCAGCGGGUGGUGGCCUGGCUGUCACAGCACAACUUCCCACACGGCAUCGUCUCCUUCUGUGACGGACUGGUCCAUGACCCACUCAGACACAAGGCCAACUUCCUCAAAACCCUGACAGAGUCGAACAUGAAGAUCUCCGCUGGAUACGGCUCGACCAAAGACAUCUCCGUCUACACCUCCAUCGGCCUUUCUCCUUCUCAAAUCUACAUCGUCGGCAGACCCUCGAAGAAGAUGCAGAACCAGUGCCAGUUCAUCACAGAGGGCUAUGCGGCCCAUCUGUCCCAGCUGGAGUACAACCACCGCUCUCGGCCCGCCAAGUCCAGCAGCGCCCGCAUGGUCCUGCGUAAGGGAAGCUUCGGCCUGGGCGCCAACAGCGACUUCCUGAGGAAACGAAACCACCUGCUGCGCACCAUCUCCUCCCAGCCGGCCCCCAGCUCCCCGACCGGCGGCGUCCACAACCGGCCCGAGCGCACGCAGAGCCAGUCGGACAGCGAGCGUCUGGAGCGGGAGCGUCUGGAGCGGACCCAGAGCCAGGGCGCCGGCGCCACGCAGCGCAGCAUGAGCAUCACGGCGAGCUGCUGGGGCCGCAGCAGCAGCACCAAGCUGGAGCCGUUCCCCUUCAACCCCAAGUGAGAUUACGGGGGGGACGGGAGGACGGAGGACAGAGGCAAAGACGCUGCAAAGUUUGGACCAAGUGGGCUGGAACACCACAGGGGCGGUGGUGGUGGUGGGGGGGGAAUCUGGUGCCACAGCCCCGCUUAUCAGCAACGAAACGGUUUUAGCUGAGGCGGUUUCUAUAUAUAUUUUUUUGUUAUUGUUUUAAUAAAAAAGACAAAUCCUUUCCGAAACGACACGUCACACAAACAGGAAUGAUUCACGAUGUAGGAAACUAAACGUUUUCUUCUGUUCGGUGAAUAUUUUUCAGCCAUGAACAUAAGGCGGGAGCCGCUCCAGCUGGCCGCUCAGUCAGCUGGCAGCUCCACAGCAGACGGCAGCGACACGCCGCCGCCGCCGCCACAGCGCGCGGCCCGCUGCAAGCACACAAACAGCAGCAGAGACUAACUUCCUGUGCCGCAGAUGUUGGCAUCGGCCCUUUUGUUUUAAUCUGUAACCGCAGACUCGAUUAACACUGAACUGAGCACAUUUGUUACUUCAAAAAAAAAAACAACAGUGUUAAAUCGUUUUUUUUUUUCCACAAUUGUUAAAAGUGAAUCAAAGCCAAACAGAAAUUAUUCAGACGUUCAGCUGAAAGUCGUUUUUUUUUUUUUUUCCUCUCGCACCUCGACUGAUAGAAUGAAAGGGAGCGUCGCGUGGAGAGAAACUGUGAACGGAUCCUUUGAUUAGGGUUAAAGUUGAGUUUUUAAGAAAAAACUUCAACUGUGCAGCGAAGGUGCCAAAGUAAGCAGCGUUAAAAAAAAAAACCUCCCGCUGUUUCUGAGCAGAGAGGAUCCUAUAAGGGCCUCCUGUGUAUGAAAUAAUGGAAUAAAUUGUGUAAGUAUAUUGUUUAAUGCCUAAAUGAGGCCUGUACAUAAUUGUUACAUUACAGCGCAGAUCUGGUAUCUGGUCCACUGUAGACCAGAUUAAAGUGUCUUCUUUACUAUGGAGGGUGAAAUGAUUGAUGGUCAUUACUAUUUAAUUAUACAGCCAUGUUAAAAUUCUUUUUUUUUUUUUUUUUUUUGUGGACAGACGUGUGUUUUGAAAGUAAAUUUUUUGCUAUGUUAUGUAUUUUCUCCUCAAAUUUGAGUUUCGGCAGCCAAAAAAGUGCAGAAAUCCUUGCCUGGCACAGUAUUGUAUUUCUAUCAUUUUACCCAGCGGAUCACCGCAGCUGUACCAGAACUGUUGUCAUAUAUGCUAUGUUUGAUAUUAGCCACUUUUGGAGGUUUUGAAUUCCCCCCCCCCCAUCCCUGGUUCUUAUUAUUAAGCUGUAAAUGAGGCGUUGAAUGUGCUCUUAAGUAUCCCUCCCUGCGUUACCGUCUCCCUCUCUGUCCUCUGCUGCACCUUGAGAGGAAGAAGGAGCGCCAGAUGUAAAUCCGAAACUUGGAACGCAGAGCUGAGACUUUCUUUGUGAUCUUUACUAUUUAUUUCUAGAGUUUGGUAACUUUUCAUGCCUUUUUUUUAUUUUAUUUUUAUUUGAAACAUGGAUACUUGUCCUUCUUGAGCGAUCUCCACUCUUAUUGGCUCCUUUGGUGUAAAAGGGAAAAAGCCACAAAUUCAUCUUAUAUUGCAGAAGCAUCAUUUUCACUCUAUAGAAUUAUAUUUAUUGGCACUUCUAGCAGUUCCUAAUAAUGAUUCAUCCUUUAUAUUUUUAAGUCAGUCAGUUUUUUUUAUACUUUCAGCCACUUUUCAGAAUGGGGAAAACAAGAGAAAUUGACAUUAAACAACGACAGCUGUAUGUUAGUCUUCUGGAAGCAGGAAAAAUGGCUACUUGCCCGUAUCUAUAUCAGGAUGAAGCCUUUUCUGUCCUACCAUCGCCUGCAUUAACAUGUAGGGCUUGCCAAAAGGAUAAUUGUGUGAUAGAAGAGAAAAGCGCCUCCUUCUUCUCACUGUUGAGUAAGGUGGAGGAUCUGUGAUGCUGUGGGUCUGAUUCUCAUUACAGAGAGUGGCAUCAUGAUCAUCUUUUAGCGCACCAGUCGCCAAUAUCUUAACAAAGCGGCGCAGAAAUGGUUCACCAGACACAAAACCGACCGUCUUUCAUGGCUGGCUUAGCCUCCAGAAUAAAAUACAGCAGAAAGCCUGUAGGGUGGGUGGAAGAGGGAGUGAAUUAGAAAGGUUUAGUUAUCCAAAGUUCUGUCCUGCCGGUAAAAUACAACCUCCUUUUGCUCUACUUGUUGGGGUUUUAUUGGAGUCCAAAUAAGUGUACAAUUUAAAUUUUUCUCAACAUAAAAUGUUUUUCCCCGCACUGGAUGAAAGGCUGGAUUGGUGUGAUAAUGUGCUGCUGCUGUACAGGAUGAAUUUCUAUCAUACCUCUUAACAAGGAUCUGCAAUAAGUGUGGAGCUCGGCGUUGACGGCGCCUUCAGAGCGGACUGCGGCGGACCAAUACGGACUCAGAUGUAAGGGAAAGUGUGCAAUGCUACUGGGAAGCAGCUGCGGCUCAGCCAGACGUCACAGUGCACUGACAAUCAGGCGACGCCCGGCACAUAUGUUACAGACGUCAAGCUGCAGAGGGGUUCGCCCCGCCGGGUCAACGCUCUGCCCUCAACGCACAGGGCGCACCUUUUACAGUGUGGAGAUUUCUCACAAUAAAGUGACUCUGGCCUGAGAAACGUGUCGAAUGUCACGGUUGGAUUCUUUCUGUGGAAACUCUUGUUUUUUUUAUUUGUUUUGUGACUUCUGCCUCUCAGGCGCGGAUGCAUCUGUUGACUGUCGGCACGGUAAAGCGGCGGGAAAACAUGCGGGCAAUAAAACCCAGGCUCCUUAAGAUUGAAACGAUACUGAAACGUUAAAACGUCUGUUAAUUCUCAGAUUUUGCUGCUUUUCGACACGUAUUCCAGCCCUGAGCUCCGUGAGGCUGAACAAAAAUCAUCCCCAGGCUCAUUGUCAGCCGUGUUAUUUACUAUAAGGAAAGGCGGCCCGUCGCCAUUUGGCACAAAGCCGCUGUCGUAGGGGAAAGCUGGAAAACUCAUCUAACCGCUGAAGUAUAAUAUGAAGCGAAUGUAAGGAGAGGAAGCGCUGCAGGGAUAAUUUCAGACUGCGGUCCAGUUUAUGGACGGACAGAUUACCCGAGGCCUUACAUGUCCCUCUCCUGCUCACGCCCAGGCUGACGCCAUGAAGAAUGAGAGGAAAGCAUUUUCCCCGACGCACAGCGAGGCUGUGAUUCAGGGGCGUCCAGCUCCAGCCGGGUGUCCUACAUGUGAGAGAUGUGACCUUUUGGUCCAACGCGGCAGAUUGAAAAAAAGGAAACACUUCCUCAGCGUGUCCCCCAGCUCUGCAGACGGCUGCAACUGAGCCAGUCCUCUGAUUUAGCAGUGGCGGUUCUUGCAUGACUGGCGCCCUGGGUAGGCCCCCACCCUCUGCCGCCCACCAACCAAGGAUUAAAAAUGCGGUGCAGCUGCACAGAAAGCCUGUAAUCUAUCCCUGAUAUUGUCAGCGGCAGGCUGGGGACAGCUGCUACACUGCACACGAGAUAGAAGCGAUAGAAAACUUGUUCAGGGCACCACCGAUGCCGCCCUGGGCAACUGCCCUAAUCGCCGCCCCCUGGCUGAAUCAGAGCAUCUAAACCAGGCAGGACACCAACCCUGGAGGCCCCUGCUGUAAUUGUUUUUAAAUAAGUACCUUAUUUGACGUAUUGAUCCGAUUUCAAGCCCUCUGUCUCGAGCUCUUUUACCCGCUUCAGUCCAAAGCUGGUUCUGUUUCAACAACAGUUAGACUGUAUACAUUUAUUUAUUGAUAAGCUGGUAAAUGUAAGAAUUGUACAGGUCGUAGCUCUUGUAGGAUUAUGAUAUUUCAAUCUAUUCAUUCCUUUGUGAUUUUAUGAAGUGUAUAAAGAAAAUUAUAAAGAA